UCGAUCUAACCAUUUAAACGCACAGAAAGUCCAUAUCCACAAAGAGGAAAACACAUUUUUUAAAAUAGUAUUAAUUUGGUUCGGGAUUUGCGAAGAACGCAGCAAACAGUCUUCCUCAGUUAGUUCACUGUCACCACCAACUAGCGUCCAUUCAUCAACGACGUUAUGGCCCAGUUAAGACCCUUAAAUUCUGAACUUGAAGAAGUGGCUCGCACAAAGUUAAAUGAAGUGAAAUCUCGAAUUCCCGAUGAUUUGGAGGCGUUGCGUACUUGGAUCCAAAAGGAACCCCAUUUAAGGGCACGCACAGAUGAUCAGUUUUUAAUUGCAUUCCUGCGUCAUAGCAAAUACAGUUUGGAGAGUGCCAAGAAGCGUAUUGAUUUUUUCUAUACCUAUAAGUCAUCGGCUAAAGAUUUGAUUAAAUCCCGCCGCAUCGAUGAUAAGCAAAUAGAUAUAGCUCAAUCGGGGAUCUUCUAUACUCUACCCAAACCUAAGGGUCCAGGUGGUCCCCGCAUUCAUUUCAUGAAAAUGGGCAAUAUUAAUCCUGCUAUACACAGCGUUCAGGAUAUUUUCCGUUUUCAUGCUAUGCGUUGUGAGAUUGAGACAAAUACAGAUGAUAACUGGAACAUUAGUGGAGUUUUGGAAGUUAUAGACUUUUCGAAAAUACCCUUUGGUUUUCUGAAGCAGUUUGAGCCAACGCUGUUCCGACAAAUGGCCUCUUUGCUGGAAUUUGGAAUACCUACCAAUCUAUUGGGAACUCACAUUGUGAAUGCCUCCAAAGAAGCUCAGAUAAUAUUGGGUUUAGUUCGCAAUGUUAUGAAGCAAAAGGAAUUGUUAAACGUCCAUACUACCCUGGAAUCAUUGCAACAGACCAUUGGUAAAGAAUAUCUGCCUGCUGAAUAUGGUGGCACCAACAGUUCCCUUGCUGAGGCCGAAAAGAAUUUCGAGAAACUGAUGCUGAGCUAUAAACCCUACUUCGACGAAGAUGAACAGUAUGGCGUAGAUGAGAAAUUGCGUCAAGGAGAGAAUAAUGUUUCCGGAUUAUUUGGAGGCAGUGCCAGCGGUUCAUUCCGUAAAUUAGCUAUAGAUUAA